AGUAGUCAUAUUGGUUUUUUAACUAUGAAACUUCUCUGGUUCUUAGCUUUUUGUGCCGUGGCUGCUAGUGCUGCUGUCAUCCCAGAGGAUGAGCGUGUUAAUGGUGAGAAUGGUUGGUUUAUACCACGAGUAGAUGGCAGCUUUGAUUGGGUCGACAAGGAUGAAGCCGAAUCUUAUUUCGAAGCUAUGUCUAAUGUGGACAGUCUUUUGACUACCAAUCCUGUUAACUUUUACUUGUACACCAAGGCCAAUCCCACUGAGGGUCAGGAAAUCACCGCUAGCAAAAAAUCCAUAAGCGCCUCCAAUUUCAAUGCCAAAAAUCCCACUAGAAUUACCAUACACGGCUGGACCUCUAGCAAAGAUGAUUAUGUUAAUAGUGGUAUACGUGAAGCUUGGCUGUCACAUGGUGACUACAACAUGAUUGCCAUUGACUGGGGACGUGCUCGUUCUGUAGACUAUGCUACUUCCGUUUUGGCUGUUCCUGGUGUGGGUAAAAAAAUUGCUGACUUGGUCAACUUUUUGGUUAAAAACUAUGGCUUGAAUUUGGAUACUUUGGAAGUUAUUGGCCACAGCUUGGGUGCCCAUGUAGCUGGCUUUACAGGCAAGAAUAUUGCCAAUGGCAAGGCUCAUGCUAUUAUUGGUUUGGAUCCUGCCUUACCCUUGUACAGUUACGAUAAACCCGACAAACGUUUGUCCAGCACUGAUGCUUAUUAUGUUGAAUCUAUCCAGACAAAUGGUGGUAAAUUGGGUUUCUUGAAACCCAUUGGCAAAGGUGCUUUCUAUCCUAAUGGCGGUAAAUCACAACCUGGCUGUGGUGUUGACUUGACUGGUUCCUGUGCCCAUGGCCGUUCUGUUCUCUACUAUGUUGAAGCUGUACAACAGGAUAACUUUGCCACUGUUAAGUGUAAUAACUAUGAAGAUGCUGUCGCCAAGAGUUGCGGUUCUACCUAUAGCUCAGUGCGUAUGGGUGCUGUGACCAAUGCUUAUAUGGUUGCUGGUGAUUAUUAUGUUCCAGUUAAGAGUACAGCUCCUUAUGGUGCUUUGGCUUAAAAUGGUUGUUGAUGUGGAAAUAAAGUUUGAAAUUCAUUUUUAUUUUUGAAUAGUA